AUUCUAAGCAACUAUAUUCCAUUAGUUUUAACAAACCGAAAGCUAGAAUGGCGCGUUGUUUGACUGAAGCUCUAAUAAAAUAUCAAACGGCCGAGGAGGCCAAAAUCUUAAGCAUAGCGGAUGAAUUGGAUGAGCCUAGCAAAUCACUAGUGCGCGAAUUGUAUGAACCACUUAAAAUAACAAGUGAGGAUUUGUCUCGCGAAUACAGUGAUUCCGAUGAAAUGAAACUAUGUUUACGCACUAAAGUUCGUGUUAAUAUGACGCUCUUCAACUGUGUGUGGGAUGCAAAGCGACGCCUGGAUAAAAAAGGACGCCUAGUCAACCGCUCGGAGCGUUUCAUCAAUGCGAUGCUUGUGAAGGCAGUGACCAAGAAAAUGGUAUUACCUUACACCGAAGAGGAGAUAGAAAAGUGUAACUAUAUUAGACGUUGCCAACUGAAGAAGGAGAACAAUCGUAGACUUAAUCGCUGGAAUUUGGAAUCUACGCAAGAGGCCGUGCUCGAUUGCAGCCAUUUGAGUCCAUCUCUGUUGCCGGCGCAAGUAACCAAUCAAUCGCAGUCUAACAGCCAGCAACAAUCAGUAGAAUUGCAAUUGAUGAAAUUUCCAGCUACUUUGGAUUCUCAAAACACCGAAUCUACGCUAGGGAUUUUAACAAAUGGUCCGGAAAUGUGGGUUAUUGAAGAAUCCCCAGCAGCGGAAAAUAUAUCAGCUUCAGAGAUGGUGGAGAGUUUAAGUAUGCCAGAUCUUGGACCAGACACAGAUUGGGUCCACGCUGCUGCACAAAUCAAUACAGAAUCCAUGACCAUUGGCACGCUGGAGUUUGAUUUGCCAACUGAUAGCCAACCCAUAAUCUCGAAUUCCGAGAAUUAUGACAACUUCAAUACCCAGGUUCCGGCCACGUCCACCCAAACUCAGCCUCAGCCUCAAUCUCAAUGUACCGAACCAUUUCUGUAAAUUAAUUACAAUAAGUUAACCAAAUUUGUUGAAG